UGUGACCUCCCCCGGAAGCAGCUGCGAGCUGUUGUUCUUCGGCUCUCUGGUGACGUCAUCGGUUGUCUGACUCCCUGCGAGACACAUCCUGCUGCUGCAGAAGAGCAGCAGCACCAAAGAGACAGCUGAAUGUAAACCCGAGAGACACACACUGAGCUGGGAACAUUUAGCACCUGCACCAAAAGAGAAGAGGCUGUGGCACCUGCUGACAGGAAUACUGUAUUGGGAGACAGCAGCACAUCGAGACAGUAAGGGGAGAGAUCACUAGUGACACUGUUGUGCAGAAUAAACAAAGUCCAUUUUAUUUGCUACCUAGAUAUAUAUUUAUUAUAGCAAGAAACCUAAUGAAUUCUGGCGGAAAGGUGGAUUGAUUCAUCUUUAAGUAACAGAGACAAGGUUCCAGUUCCCUGGGGACCAACAGAAUUAGACAUGUGAAAAAGAAGAACCCCCUCAUCUGCCUACAAAACAAAAGACAAAGAGCUUGGAGCAUCUGCCGGGAGACUGCAGUAUUGACUCUGCCACGUCCUGUAGAAGCAGCAGGAUCUGCAGAGUGAGAGAGAUCAUAUGUGAGAGCCAGCAUCACCGAAGGAAUGAAAUCCUCCAUACAUUAAUUCCGACUUAUAGUCUCCACGGAAAGGGGAAACGUGUACAGUGUAUCAUAAAGGCAGCGGGAGGAACGCUGGAACGGGUCCAAAUGGGAGGAUCUGCACUGAAGGAAACCUCAAAUCCAUGAUCUCAUAACCUCAGUGCGGCCACCGACGUUCAAUUGAAGCAGCUGUUCCAGUUUCUGGGUUCCUCUAGCAAGAUGGCGGUGUUUAGACAACUGGGGCUUCUUCUAUGGAAGAAUUACAUCCUGCAGAAGCGACAAAUCCUCGUGACUGUGAUUGAGCUGGCCUUGCCCCUUCUGUUUUCUGCCAUCUUAAUUGCACUUCGGCACAGAGUCCAGUCUGUUACGUACCCCAAUGCCACCCUGUACAAAGACGUGUCUUUCCCAUACCUACCGUUUAUCCCAGGCCCAAGACCUUGGGAGCUGGCGUUUGUGCCUUCUCAUAGCAAAGCUGCCCAGGAAAUUGUCACAGAGGUAGGGCAGAGCCUUUCCCUCUAUAGUGUUGCUCGGGGAUUUCCCACAGAAGAGGAUUUUGAAGACUACAUCCGGCACAAUAACCAUUCAAGCAAAAUCCUGGCAGCCGUGGUCUUUGAACAUCAUUUUAACGACAGUGAGGACCCCUUGCCGCUGCAGGUCCGUUACAGGCUGCGGUUCAAAUACAGCCCACGAAAUGCCCCCAUGAGCGAACGGACGGGGCUGAACCCCAAUGUGGACAGAAACUGGCACACCCGAUAUCUAUACCCGCUUUUCCAGAUGCCUGGGCCACGUGAGGCAGGAGACAAGACUGGAGGCACACCAGGGUACCAGCGGGAGGGCUUCCUGGCCAUGCAGCAUGCAGUCGAUCGUGCCAUUAUGUGGUAUCAUGCUAACGAGAGUGGCCGCUCGCUAUUGGACAGCAUUGAUGUGGCCAUACGUCGCUUCCCCUAUCCGCCCUAUGUUAAUGACCUCUUCAUCCUGGCUAUCCAGAACCAACUUCCAUUGCUUCUGAUGCUCAGCUUCACCUACACCUCAUUAAGCAUUGUGCGUGCACUGGUACUGGAGAAGGAGAGAAAAUUAAAGGAGUACAUGCGGGUCAUGGGGCUCAGUACCUGGCUUCACUCCACUGCCUGGUUCAUCCAUUUCUUCCUCCUACUCUUGGUGUCUGCCUUCUUUGUCACUUUGCUGCUGUGUAUCCAGGUCAGCAGUGAAGGUGCGGUCCUAACCAGGAGUGACCCCUCAUUAGUGUUUGUCUAUAUCUUGUCGUUCUCAGUCUCCACCAUCAGCUUUAGCUUCAUGAUCAGCAGUUUCUUCUCUAGAGCAAACAUGGCAGCCGCAGCAGGAGGCUUUCUGUAUUUCCUUUCCUACAUUCCAUAUUUUUUCAUCUCCCCAUGGUAUGAUGAGUUGAAUCAUGGUGCAAAAGUGUCAUCGUGUCUUCUCUCUAAUGUGGGCAUGGCAAUGGGGGCUCAACUCAUCGGGAUGUUUGAAGGCAAAGGUACAGGAGCUCAGUGGUCCAAUCUCUUUACGCCAGUCAGUGUGGAUGAUAAUUUCACAUUGGGUCAGGUCUUACAGAUGCUGCUGUUGGAUUCUGUUUUCUAUUUCCUGGUUGGGUGGUACGUGGAGUCUAUCAUGCCUGGAGAUUAUGGCGUACCCCAGCCUUGGUACUUCUGCUUCUUGCCUUCCUACUGGUGUGGAAAACCGCGGCUAGUGGAGGGUCUAGAAAAGGAGGAUGACGAGGAUCCAGAAAAGGCGCUGAAAGGAGAAUAUUUAGAGGAAGAGCCUUCCGAUUUGGUACCAGGAAUACGCAUCAAGCACUUGACUAAGGUGUACCGUGUGAGCGGUAAGAAGCGGAUAGCUGUGCGAGAUGUCACUCUUAAUAUGUAUGAAGGGCAAGUCACAGUGUUAUUGGGACACAAUGGUGCAGGAAAGAGCACCACGCUUUCCAUGUUGACAGGACUCUGUCCCCCUUCAUCAGGUGAAUGCUAUAUUGGAGGCUAUGAGAUUUCCCGAGACACAGCUCUGAUCCGUCGCAGCCUGGGAUUGUGCCCCCAACAUGAUGUCCUGUUCCAAGGUCUUACUGUUGAGGAGCACCUCUAUUUUUAUGCAGGGUUAAAGGGAUGUCCACGCUGGAGCUGCUUAGAAGAGGUGGAGAAGAUUCUCCAAAUCCUGCGCCUGGAGGAGAAGCGCAAUGCACUUAGUACUCAGCUCUCUGGGGGGACGUGUCGUAAACUGUCCAUUGGCAUUGCUCUAAUUGGAGGAUCCAAGGUUGUGAUGUUGGACGAGCCCACCUCGGGAAUGGACCCAGCUUCCCGCAGGGACACGUGGGAGCUCUUGCGGCAGCACAAACACGAUCGCACUCUGCUGCUCACCACCCACUUCAUGGAUGAGGCAGAUAUUUUAGGAGACCGGAUUGCCAUAUUGGCUGAGGGCCAGCUCCAGUGCUGUGGGUCCCCACUAUUCUUGAAAAGCAAAUAUGGUGCCGGGUACCACAUGGUCAUGGUGAAGGAGCCGCACUGCCAGGUGGAAGACAUUACCGAUCUUAUUACCAGCUAUGUGCCCAAUGCCACCCUGGAGAGCAAUGCUGGAGCAGAACUGUCCUACAUUCUUCCCAAGGAGAGUACCCAUAGGUUUGAACCUCUCUUCUCGGAGCUGGAACUCCGUCGUGAAGAACUGGGGAUAGCCAGCUAUGGGGCUUCUGUUACCACGAUGGAAGAAGUAUUCCUACGUGUUGGGAAGCUUGUAGACACCAGCUUGGACAUUCAGGCUAUCCAACUGCCUCCUCUUCAGUACCAGCAUGAGAGACGCGCAAAUGACUGGGGAGCCGAAGAAUCCUGUUCUAUGAGUGACUGCACAGAGGACAGCGGGACCCUCAUCACUGAGGAUUGCUCUAACAUCAAGCUUAAUGGGAAGUGCACACUUUGGUGCCAGCAGUUUUAUGCCCUGUUUGUGAAGAGAGCUGCUUAUAGUUGGCGAAACUGGAAGAUGGUGGUGGGUCAAUUUCUGGUUCCACUUGUCUUCACUUCGUUAGCAUUAGUUGUGGGCAAGACGUUCCCUGGUCCCCAGGACUCGCCACCAUUGGACCUAAGCCUUGCGCCCUAUGGGCAUACAAUGGUGCCAUAUUCUCUUCCUCCUAAUGCCUCUGCCUUGCUUCAGAGCCUGGCUGAUAACUUCAGAGAUCAGUUUUCUGGACAGCAGACAGAGCCGUUGGAGGUGCUAGACAAUCUCGACAACUACCUGCUGACUAAAGCUUCAGAAGAAGGAGCACUGUUUGCAGAACAUUGUCUUUGUGCUGCCGACAUCCAGAACCAUGGCUCUAGGGUUAAGGUGACGGCUCGCUUCAAUAACCAGGCUUUCCAUGCAGUCGCUUCGGCGCUUGUCCUGGUCGAUAAUGCUCUCUUCAAGUUGAUCGCUGGGCCAGAGGCUUCCAUUUCUGUAACCAACUAUCCUCAACCACGAAACACCACAGAGACUGCCCAAGAUCAGCUAAUAGAGGGACAGGCUGGCUUUGCCAUAGCCAUUAACCUGCUAUAUGGGAUGGCAUCUCUUGCGAGUACGUUCUCUCUUUUGUUGGUUGGAGAGAGAGCAGUGAAGUCCAAGCACGUCCAGUUUGUCAGUGGAGCCUCAGCUCUAAGCUAUUGGCUGUCAGCGCUGACCUGGGACUUGCUCAACUUUAUGAUUCCUUGCAUCUUCAUGCUGGCAGUGUUCCAGGCAUUUGAUGUGCGCGCUUACACGGAAGAGCAUCACCUUGUGGAUGUGAUGCUGAUGUUGCUCCUGUAUGGCUGGGCCGUGAUCCCCCUAAUGUAUUUAUUCAGUUUUCUGUUCACCUCAACUGCCACUGCCUACACCAGGCUCACCAUCUUCAACAUCUUGUCUGGCACUGCCACCUUCCUCUCUGUUACCAUCAUGAGCAUUCCAGCCCUUGAGCUGGUGGAUCUGUCUCACAUCCUUGAUGGGGUCUUCCUGGUACUGCCAAAUUAUUGCUUGGGACGAUCGUUCAGCGACUUCUACCAGAAUUAUCACUUAUUAAAGUUCUGCCGUUCAUCUCCCCUUUCUGUUUUCAUCUGUCAAGAAUUCAAUAUCACCUAUCAGGACAACUACUUCUCGUGGUCUUCACCAGGGGUGGGCCGGUAUUUGACCUCGAUGGCUGUUCAGGGCUUAGCUUUCCUCUACCUUCUCUUUGUAAUCGAAAGCCAGAUAUUCUGCAGUUUGUACAAUCUGUGCCGGACCUACAAAGAACACCGCUGGGCUUCACUGCCAGAGUCCCCUGUUUCUCCCCCAGAGGAUCGAGAUGUGGCAGAUGAGAGAAAAAAAAUUCUGGAAUCACCCUUGGAGCAGCUGUCAGCACUUAGCAGCCCUCUAGUCAUCCGUGAGCUUAGCAAGGUGUACGGGCGCCGUGCCUUGGUCCUAGCAGUAGACCAUAUAUCAUUAGCAGUUGGACGAGGCGAGUGUUUUGGUCUACUGGGGUUCAAUGGAGCUGGCAAGACUACCACAUUCCGCAUGCUAACGGGAGAUGAAACUGUCAGCUCUGGAGACGCUUACAUUGAUGGGUACAGCAUCCUACGCAGCAUCAAGAAGGUUCAGCAGCGAAUCGGGUACUGCCCACAGUUUGACCCUCUGCUGGACCACAUGACGGGGCGUGAGACACUCUGCAUGUAUGCUCGUUUGCGGGGGGUGCCUGAGGGAUACAUUAACAGCUGCGUGGAGAACAUGUUGCGUGGAUUGCUCCUCGAAGCCCAUGCCAACAAGCUGGUUCGGACUUACAGCGGAGGAAAUAAGAGGAAACUAAGUGCUGGUAUCGCUCUGAUUGGAGGGCCAUCCGUGAUCUUCAUGGACGAGCCAUCUACUGGAAUGGAUCCAGUUGCACGUAGACUGUUGUGGGAUGCAGUGACAAGAACACGGGAGAGUGGAAAGGCUGUGGUCAUUACAUCUCACAGCAUGGAGGAAUGCGAAGCUCUAUGCACACGUCUCGCCAUCAUGGUGAAUGGACAACUAAAGUGCCUCGGAAGUCCCCAGCACCUAAAGAACAAAUUUGGGAGUGGCUACACGUUGCUGGCAAAGACCGCCAGAGGGGCAGAGGAACUGAUGGCUUUUAAGGAUUUCAUUGAAACAGUUUUCCCAGGCAGUGUGCUGAAGCACGAGCACCAGGGUAUGGUGCAUUACCAUAUAACCAGCCAAGAGUUGAGUUGGGCACAGGUGUUUGGGACUUUAGAAAAGGCCAAGGAGAAGUUUGAUCUGGAGGAUUAUUGUGUCAGUCAGAUCUCACUGGAACAAGUCUUUCUGAGCUUCAGUCACUUCCAGCAGUCGCCAGUGGGUGGCGUAGUAUAAAGGGAUCUGCUGUUGUGAGCCAAGCACAGCACAGGCUGCUCCGUCCAAGCUCCAUGAUGGAUAAAAGAACUCAUCUGGGUUAAUACUGUUUGCCUAAUUGGAAUAGAGAGAGCACUGACAUUGUAUCUGUCCAAAACCUACAUGUGCAGUUAGGCCCCUUCUGUGUGUCCAUCCAGAAUAUCCCCUUCUGCAUGUCUGUCCGGUGCCGUCUCUAGCCCUUUGGCUCUUGUGCUCAGAGCGAUUGGUUUAAUGUUGUACCUCCAAUGUGUCCGUCCAGACCUUACCUGUCUGUGUUCUAUUUAUUUUGUCCCUCCGGGACCAUUUGUUCUCAUUCCCUUCAUGGCACCAGCAGGCGUAUCCGCAGGACAACCUGUCUCUUUAUUAACAGUGAGGGCCCUCUGCUCAGCUUUUUGAUGGUCAUGACUACCUCUCUGGCCCAUUCCAGUAACCGCAUUUGGGACUGUCUCAGAACAGAACUUUCUUACUUGGACUGGAUCUUUGUCUGGUGCUGUGGGAGCCGGAGAUUGGCCUGUAAGUAGGAUCAUGUGACAUUUCCCUCCUGUUUGCUUUCUUUUUAUACCACGUCCAUAAACCAUGUGACAUGCACUCUCUUUCAUUCGACUGCUACAGCAGUGACUUUUGUGACCCUUAAUUACUGGCGUCCAUCCUUAUGCCCCUGAGAGUUCUUGAUUCAUUAAUUCCUAAUCACAAGGCUGGAAACAUGCCUACAGAUCAUUUGAUUUUUGAAAAAAAAAAAAAUAAUAAUUACAAGAGAGAUUUUAAGAUAGUCUCUUUUGGCAAAGAAGGAGUUAAAAUUAAGAAGGGACUUGGUAGAACACUAAAAAAAAAUGUAAAUUGAACGAUUGCUUUCAUUCAGCACUGCUGAUCUGAUAUCACAGGUGGCUCAACUCCCCGCGGUGCCUUACUGCUUCACCAGGUCGCCCCAGAAGAAGGUGCUGGGAGUGUUACAGCUGCAUUCAGGGAGUGGAAACAACAUUUUACCCUUUUGCUACCAAAGGAGCCUACUGUUACUGCCAGUGCAAUGCAAAUGUUCCGUGGUGCACAUCCAAUAUAAUGAGUGAGAAUGCUUUAGGCCAGGGAUCCCCAACCUUUUUCACCCAUGAGCAACAUUCAGAUGUAAAAAGAGUUGGGGAGCAACACUAGCAUGAAAAAUGUUCCUGGGUGGUUCCAAAUAAGGGUUGUCAUUGGCUAUUUGGUAGCCCCUAUGUGGACUGGAGACUCUGUUUGGCAGUACAACUGGUUUUUAUACAACUGGAAUUCCAAACCUGGAAUUCAGAAAUAAGCUCCUGCUUUGAGGCCACUGGGAGCAACAUCCAAGGGGUUGGGGAGAAACAUGUUGCUCACGAGCUACUGGUUGGGGAUCACUGUUUAGGCUCUAGGCUUGUUGUGGCACAUAGUAAUGCUCUGGGUAAGGCCUCUGUGCUUUUGUCAGCACAACCCUUUUAGAGAGAGUGAGAGAGAGAGAGAGAGAGAGAGGUCUUCUACAAGGUCCCUUCUGUAUUUGUCCUGUGAACACAACACUGACUGCUCCAAGCAGGAACUUGAUUGUAUAAACCUAAUAAAAAUUAUUUAUGCUGCUUUUUUGA